AUGGCUAGAAGAAAGAAUUUCAAAAAGGGAAACAAGAAGACUUUUGGAGCCCGUGAUGACUCAAGAGCUCAAAAGAACUGGUCAGAACUAGAAAAGGAAAAUGAAAAAUGGGAAAGAUACUACAAGACUUUAGCUCUUUUUCCAGAAGACCAAUGGGAACAGUUCAAGAAAACAUGCCAGACCCCACUACCUCUGACCUUUAGAAUUACAGGCUCCAGAAAGCAUGCUGGCGAGGUUUUGGAUCUAUUCAAGGAAAGGCAUCUACCAAACUUGACUAAUGUUGAAUUCGAAGGUGAAAAAAUCAAGGCCCCUGUAGAAUUACCUUGGUAUCCAGACCAUCUCGCCUGGCAAUUGGAUGUUCCUAAGACAGUCAUUAGAAAAAAUGAACAAUUUGCAAAAACCCAGAGGUUCUUGGUUGUUGAAAACGCGGUUGGUAACAUCUCAAGACAAGAAGCUGUUUCAAUGAUUCCCCCAAUCGUUCUUGAAGUGAAACCUCAUCAUACCGUUUUGGAUAUGUGCGCUGCUCCUGGUUCAAAAACUGCUCAGCUAAUUGAGGCCUUACAUAAAGAUACAGAUGAACCAUCUGGAUUCGUUGUAGCGAAUGAUGCCGAUGCUAGAAGAUCUCAUAUGUUGGUUCACCAAUUGAAGAGAUUGAAUAGUGCUAAUUUGAUGGUUGUUAAUCAUGAUGCUCAGUUUUUCCCACGCAUUAGAUUACACGGCAACUCAAAUAAAAAGAAUGACAUUUUGAAAUUCGACAGAAUUCUUUGUGAUGUUCCAUGUUCUGGUGAUGGUACCAUGAGGAAAAAUGUUAACGUUUGGAAAGAUUGGAACACACAAGCAGGGCUUGGUUUGCAUACUGUUCAACUAAAUAUCCUGAACAGAGGUCUGCAUCUUCUAAAGAGCAACGGUAGAUUGGUUUACUCGACCUGUUCUUUAAAUCCUAUUGAAAAUGAGGCUGUCAUUGCGGAGGCACUAAGAAAGUGGGGCGACAAAAUUAGGUUAGUUAAUUGUGAUGAUAAACUUACUGGUUUAAUAAGGUCCAAGGGUGUAUCUAAAUGGCCCGUUUAUGAUAGAAACCUGACAGAGAAGAACAAGGGGGACGAAGGUACAUUAGAAAGUUUCUUUCCACCAUCUGAAGAAGAAGCUUCUAAGUUCAAUCUGAAGAAUUGUAUGAGAGUUUAUCCCCACCAACAAAAUACAGGAGGGUUUUUCAUCAGUGUCUUCGAAAAAGUUGAAGAUAACAUCGAAGCGGCUGCAGAGAAACUAUCUUCAGAAACUCCAGCCUUAGAAUCUGAAGAACCUCAAACAAAAAAAAUGAAGGUGGAAGAAGUCCAAAAGAAAGAAAGAUUACCCCGUGAUGCCAACGAAGAACCAUUUGUCUUUGUUGACCCACAACACGAAGCUUUGAAGGUUUGCUGGGACUUUUAUGGUAUCGACAACAUUUUCGACAGAAACACCUGUCUAGUGCGUAACGCCACCGGUGAACCAACCAGAGUCGUUUACACUGUAUGCCCAGCUUUGAAGGACGUUAUUCAAGCCAAUGACGACAGGUUGAAGAUUAUUUAUUCCGGUGUGAAAUUGUUUAUCUCCCAAAGAAGUGACAUUGAAUGUUCGUGGAGAAUCCAAAGUGAGUCAUUGCCAAUAAUGAAACAUCAUAUGAAAUCCAAUAGAAUUGUUGAAGCUAACUUGGAAAUGCUGAAACAUUUGUUGAUCGAAUCAUUCCCUAAUUUUGAUGACAUUCGUUCCAAGAAUAUUGAUGACGAUUUUGUCGAAAAGAUGACGGAAUUGAGCUCUGGCUGUGCUUUCGUUGAUGUAUCAAGAAACGACCCUGCAAAGGAGAACUUGUUUUUACCGGUUUGGAAGGGUAACAAAUGCAUCAAUUUAAUGGUCUGUAAGGAAGAUACCCAUGAGCUAUUAUACAGAAUAUUUGGUAUUGAUGCGAAUGCCAAGACUACUCCAAAACCUGAAGAAAAGAUAGAAACGACGGAGGCUCCUACUGAAGCUUCUACUGAAGCUUCUUGCGAAACUCCUAACGUUACUGAAUAA